GUCAACAGGAUAUUUCUCGAAUGUUUAGAUCACUAGAAAAGAAUGGGGAGCAGGCUAAGCAACUUCUUACUUGGAUUCAGGAUAAUAUUUACAAAUUUAUUCCUAAAAGUGGUGAACCAUUACUUCCUAGCUCUUUAUGCAAAUUAGGGGCAGUAUUUGCUUCUGUAACACAUGGGCCUAAAAAUGCAUCAAAGGCUAAUACUUAUGCCAGUGAGACAUUAAGACAUAGUUCCGACAACCACACUUCUCUAUCUAAAAGAUAUACUAUAGUCAAUAUGCAAAGAAGAGAAAAGAUAAUAAAAAAAUUGGAGAGAGAUGUAACAUUUCUAGAGGCUGAAUUAGAAGAUUUAAAUAAUUGUGUGGACAAGAGCACUGUGGUUGACUUAAUACAUGAAAUAGUUCUCACGUGCAUUAAUGAAAAAGGUAAGAGUUCCUUUUAUUCAUCUGAUUCAUCUGAUUCAUCUGAAGAAUCUGAUUCUGUUGAGAUAAUUGAGAUAAGAGAACAAAAGGCUAAAAAAUAUACUAGAGAAUUAUUCAGAUCUACUGAAAAAUCGUCUAGCAAAAAAGGGAAAAAAACUGGUAGAAAGAAGAUAUCAAGCACAAUAAAACAACUUAUCGAAGAAUUAUUAACUGAUAUUCUUGAUGGUAGUAAAAGUUUAGAAGAAAGAAGUGAAAGUAUAAAUAACUUUUUACAACUCUCUGAAAGAAUUGAUCAUACUGAAACUAAAAACAAAGAAGCAUCUCAGGGUCUUAUUUUCAGUUAUUUUAAUUUUGGAAAAGUCGUAUUUAAACAAUACAAGGAAUUAAAACCCAAGUUUGGCAAAGAUGGAUCUGAAGUGAUAGUUAAAAAAGAGGUUAAAGUGGUGAUUCCUGAGACAAAAUGCUCUGAUGAAGCUUUGCAAAAAAGGACAGAGAGAUCCGAAAAAAUUUACAAGCUUUUUAAUAGCAUUGGAAAAGAAAAAAUAACCCAGAUUAAAUCUAUCCCCCCAUCAUUUAUCUUAAAUUUAACUGUGGAUAAAACCAAAUAUGUAAUGGCUGAAAUCUUAAUGCAUAAG